AGGAGGACCCCACACAUUACCUUGUUAGACUUUUCACAACCACUCUGGAUUUUUUUUUUCCCAUUAACUUUCUUCAUAACCCAUUCCGGAUUAUCAGUUAUUCACAAUCUUCUCAUCAUUCUUUUCCGUUUCUUUAAUUUUGACUUUGAAUUUGCGUGCACUUCUUCUUUUCCCUGUUCGCAUUUAUUUGGGGGGAUUCCUUCAUAUGUCAAUGAUCUGGUUUUCUCCUGUUCCUAUUUUGUUUCUGAAAUAAUAUUCCUUUGUUUUCGUUCGCAUAUAUAACAACACGCAGCAAAAAAAAAAAAAAAAAAAAAACCUUAACAGUUGUUGUAGCUAUCUAUCUGCCUUGUGAAUUAGAUCAUACACUUUGCAAGAGUGAGAAACAGUUACCUGAUUUAUAAUUGUUUCUUUUAAUUGGGUCUCUGUGCUUCCGCGGUUUCAAUUUGUUAAAGAGGAAGGAAUUUUUACCUACUAUGAACAUAUAGUAUAAAUUUGAUUUAUGGGUUGGCUUAGCAAAAUUUUUAAAGGCUCUGACCAUAAGAUUUCAGAAGGGCAUUAUUAUAAAGAGGAUGCGGAUUAUUACUUGCCAUCAACUUCAAAGGAUGUUUGGUCCGAGAACGAGAAUGAAGAUAUAGAUCGUGCUAUUGCACUAUCUCUGGUAGAAGAAAAUCAGAAAGCAAGCAAUGUAAAUGACUACAGGUCACAAUUAGAAGAAGAUGAACAACUUGCCAAAGCUAUAGAAGAAAGCCUAAAUUUGGAGUCUCCUCCCAGAUAUGGAAAUGAAAAUAUGUAUCAGCCUGUUCAGUAUUUCCCAAUGGGGUACAGGAUUUGUGCUGGCUGCAAUACUGAGAUUGGUUAUGGGCGAUAUCUAAAUUGCUUGAAUGCAUUCUGGCAUCCUGAAUGCUUCCGUUGCCGUGCUUGCAACCUACCAAUAUCAGAUUAUGAGUUCUCCACAUCUGGAAAUUACCCUUACCAUAAAUCCUGCUAUAAGGAAAGCUACCAUCCAAAAUGUGAUGUCUGCAAGCACUUUAUUCCAACAAACCCUGCUGGUCUUAUUGAAUAUAGGGCACAUCCAUUUUGGAUCCAGAAAUAUUGCCCUGCUCAUGAACAUGAUAGUACUCCACGCUGUUGCAGCUGUGAACGAAUGGAGCCACGAGAGUCAGGAUAUAUUGCUCUUAAAGAUGGCCGGAAACUCUGCUUAGAGUGUCUGGACUCUGCUAUCAUGGAUACUAAUGAAUGCCAACCCCUUUAUGCCGAUAUACAAAAAUUUUAUGAAAGCCUGAAUAUGAAACUGGACCAGCAAGUUCCACUACUUCUGGUUGAAAGACAAGCACUGAAUGAAGCAAGGGAGGGAGAGAAGAAUGGCCACUAUCACAUGCCUGAGACCAGAGGACUUUGCCUCUCGGAGGAACUCAGCACUAUCUCUAGACGACCUAGACUUGGGACAGGAAAUAGAGCAAUAGACAUGAGAUCACAACCAUACAAAUUGACUCCACGCUGUGAUGUGACAGCAAUUCUCAUUUUGUAUGGUCUUCCAAGGUUGCUUACUGGGUCGAUCCUAGCUCAUGAGAUGAUGCAUGCAUGGCUACGGCUUAAAGGUUAUCGGACUCUAAGUCAAGAUGUUGAAGAAGGCAUCUGUCAGGUUUUGGCUCAUAUGUGGCUGGAGUCUGAACUCUCUUCUGCAUCAGGCAGCAACUUUGUAUCAGACUCAUCCUCAUCUGCAUCAUAUGCAUCUAGAAAAGGUAAAAGACCUCAAUUUGAGAGGAAGCUUGGGGAGUUCUUCAAGCACCAGAUUGAAUCAGACAUUUCCCCUGUUUAUGGAGAUGGAUACAGAGCAGGUCAAAAAGCAGUGCAUAAGUAUGGUCUCCAACAGACCCUUCACCAUAUCAGGAUGACGGGGAGUUUUCCAUUUGAAGUAUACAGAUCCCCCAUUUAACUGAUUAUUUCUCAUUCUUUCUAGAGAUAAAGCCUGGCCUGUUAUUAUUAGAAACGGAGGCUAAGGUUCUUAGGCAUUAUCUUUGACGAAUUGAUGAUUUUUUAUACUUGUAAUUAAUUGAUACCAUUGCGGAUAUAUUGAUUACAUUCAUAUGAUUUUUUUUUCACACCUCCUUUAAUC